GCAUUUUAGGUAGAUGCUCUCUUCCUCAUCCUCUCUUGUCGCUUUCUCCUUUUGUGAAGAUGGCGGUCGAAGACUCGAUCUUCUUCCAGGAGAUAAGAGCUGAUCAUGGCAAGAUUGUAAAUGACCUUCCCAAGUUCGAACUCGAGAGCUAUGUGGGGAACUAUGAAGGAAUACUUCGGUUGUUCAAGCUUCGAUGCAUCGCACAUACCUCUCCGCCGUUGUCGGCCGAUGCCUUCAGGUUGCUAAUCCAGGAGCUUAAGCGAGGUAUCAACGUGGACAUGUACAUGCAGGUCGUUGAGGAGUUUUCUAAGCUGCUACCCUCAGAUCCACUUGCUCAGGUUGACACGGAGUGGGCAGAGACGACAGCACGAAGGGUCAAGACAGACACAGACAGGCUGGAACGCGAGCUCAAGGCUUACAAAAACAACCUCAUCAAGGAGAGCAUACGCAUGGGACAGGAAGAUCUAGGCAACCACUACUUCUUGGUAGGAGACUAUCCGUCCGCUUUCAAGGCGUACACCAAAAUGCGCGAGUUUUGCACCACGCCAAAGCAGAUCGCUCAGAUGACGUUCAAGCUUUUGUAUGUGGCGAUCAUGCAGCGUAACUGGGCUAUCGCUGCCUCGUACCAGCCAAAGAUGGGUGCUCUUCAGCUCAGCAGCGAAGAAAAGGCCAAGUUCGAUCCCAUCCUCUUCGCAUGCGUUGGCCUCUCCCACCUUCAACAGUGUCACUACCGCGACGCUGCCCGCGCUUUUCUCAACGUCGACCAGCAAUACAUGACUCUGCAGGAGGCUCAGGGUGGAAUUGUUUUCCAGAAACAGGUCAUGACGCCGAAUGAUGUGGCUGUGUACGGCGGUCUUUGCGCACUUGCUACUAUGGAUCGCGCAGAGCUGCAGCGUCGAGUGCUCGACAACACAACCUUUCGCCCUUUGCUCGAACUUGAACCUCAUAUCCGCCGUGCUAUCAGUAUGUUUUGCUCUAGCAAGUACAAGAGUUGUUUGCAGGUGCUAGAGUCGUACAUGGCUGAUUAUCUUUUGGACUUCUAUCUCAAUGGCCACUUCUUGAAGUUAUACCAGUUGGUCAGAAGCAAGUGCAUUGUGCAGUGGUUCAGUGCGUAUUCGAGCGUUACUUGGCAGGAGAUCGAAAGCCAUUUUCCAAAUAAUCUGUUAGAUAUUGAUUUAGAGGACGAGCUGAGAGGGAUGAUUCGCAACGGCGUUUUAGAUGCUCGGAUUGAUCUCGUUGAUAAGGUCCUUGUUUCACCUAAUCCUGACUCUCGUAUUGCUGUCAUUCAAGAUACCCUUUCCAUGGCCAAGACUACGGAGCAUGCGCUUCGCCUCCGCCUGCACAACAUAAACAUGCGCGCCGCGGGCUUAGUUGUCAAAAGCCCCAAUCAAGGAGCUAUGAAUCUUAGCAUGCUUGCUGAGCAAGGGAGUGAGUUUUUCAAUGGUGCAAUGGGUUUGCGCCAAGGAGGUGGGGGUGCCCAAGGCAAGAUAAAGAAAGCCAACGGCGCAAACAUGGUGUGAUGAAUCGAGGCUUCAAAAAAAAAAUCUUCAGCGGCUGAUGAGUAAACGGUCAAUCUGUACAUGACUUUCGUACGGUGUGAUGACGGCAUGAAUUGGCGAAACACAUCUCCACAAAAGCGGAGCAUUUUCCAAAGGCGUUGUUUUCCCACAUAGCGCAUUUCUCGCAACGGUGUAUAGAUAUGAGCUUCGCAGUCAUCAAUUUAUAAAGCAGGACUAAUAUUGCAUAAUUUAGAUGCACGUACCUGAUCUAACUCCUCUCAGCGUUCGGGGCCCCUUUGGAAAUUUU